AUGGCCUCGCACUUUUCAUUCCUAUCCGCAUCGCUCGCCCUUUUGCUCCUCGCUACGGCGAGCAGCGUAUUCGCGCGACAUCACUCUUCGGGCAUCGCGGCCGUUACUAAGCCCGCCGCAGCCUGCGCCGCGUCGACUCUGCCGUCAUACGCGAAGUCCGUCAAACUUACUGAUGACGGUCUGUUUGUCCUGCACUGGAACAUCACCAAGAAGAACGACGGGAUCAUGGCUGCGAUUGAGGCGAAGGCCGGGAGCGGCGGCGAGACGGGGUGGAUUUCCAUUGGCUGGACGAAGAAGCCCGGCUUCAUGGCUCCUGCCGACGCCGUGGUGGGGAAUUUGGCGGGAGCCGCGCCAAACAACGUGCUGGCUUACGCGAUGACGGGCAAGACUGUGGCCCAGGUCAAGAAGGCAGCCGUAGCCGCAGUGAAACUCUCAGCGAAAUCCGUGGUUACCACUUCUGACGGUGGCAAGAUCGUCAAGUUCACUCGUAUGGGCAAGGGCGGUCUGGGUCCUGUCAACUACCUGGGUAACAACAACAUGAUCUGGGCCUACUCCGACGCCCAGGCAUUCACCUCCCACGCCAAUCGGUAA